AUGAGCACACCAAGGAAAAGUAGGCUGAACACAUGGCUUUAUCGUGGCUCUUUGGCUGUGUUGAUUCUACUCUUCGUUGGGUUUUCUGUAGUAAUGCCUAUCGACGCUAUGGCUCAAGCUUCACGGUCCACGAACGAUGCGCUUAAUACCUUUAUUGUGGUAGGAGCUUUUGUUGCGUUUGGUGUAUUGAGCAUCAUAAUAGCUCUUGGGCGAGUUAUUGUUCAUCGCAGCUGUUUGCAAGAUAUUCCAAAACAAUAUCUGCCUAUUGCGCCUGAAGAUUUACCGCAUAAGGGAAGCAGAAAUCUAUUACAUCGGCAGAUGGACCGUUCUCAUGAGCUGGCUGCCAUUUUUAAGUCCCCCAGUGAGAAAAUUGUACAUGCCGGUCUUUCCAGACCGUUUGACAAUGACGAGGAAGCUACUUUACCUCCACUGCUGAACUACGAAGACUGUAUCAAAAUAAUCACAAGUCGUUUCAAAUACCAAGGUGUGUUCUCCAAUUUAAUGGAGCUAAACUCACCCACUGGCAAAACUCUUGCCGACGUCGUUCAUGAGUUGUUCACUGAAAGUGGCAAGCACCCUAUAGAAGCUGCAGAAUACGUUGAUCUCUAUGAACAUAUUAGGUUUUCUGGUGAUGAAAUCACGUCAAAUCAGUUUCUUCGAUUUAUGGAUCUGUCACUAUAUUUGGUGUACGCAUUAUUGAGAGCUCACAAUUAUGACGAACCUCAAGAAACCGACCUUGACGCGUCUCAGGUUGAUGACAUUGAUAGUUUCAAUACUCAAGCGCCGGCACCCUUUUUAGCAGUAGAAUCCGACACAGACGUGCGAUAUUUAACGACGACUAACACAAACAGUACCGUCGCAAGGAGAGUUACCGCAGGCACUCAUGAUCUAGAGACAAAUGAUGGCCAGGCGUCUGAUUUGGACAGCGGUAGCUCUGUUCGGCGAGCACCUCUUACGUCAUAUGAAAAGUUGUGA